AUCCGCUCGUCGCCCUCGGCCCUCCCCAUUUUCCCAACUCAAACGCCGCCGAGAGCCGAGAUACCGAAACCCACAAACAGAGGCAAGCGCAAACACGCGCGGAGGAGAGAAGGCGCCUCCCCUGCCCCCGCGAUGGACAUCUCGGCCGGCGGCGGCGGCAACUCGCUGCCCACCACCGGCGCGGACGGCUCGAAGCGCCGCGUCUGCUACUUCUACGACGCGGAGGUGGGCAACUACUACUACGGGCAGGGCCACCCGAUGAAGCCGCACCGCAUCCGCAUGACCCACGCCCUGCUCGCCCACUACGGCCUCCUCGACGAGAUGCAGGUGCUCAAGCCGCACCCCGCCCGCGACCGCGACCUCUGCCGCUUCCACGCCGACGACUACGUCUCCUUCCUCCGCUCCGUCACCCCGGAGACGCAGCAGGACCAGAUCCGCGCGCUCAAGCGCUUCAACGUCGGCGAGGACUGCCCCGUCUUCGACGGCCUCUACAGCUUCUGCCAGACCUACGCCGGCGGCUCCGUCGGGGGCGCCGUCAAGCUCAACCACGGCCACGACAUCGCCAUCAACUGGGCCGGCGGCCUCCACCACGCCAAGAAGUGCGAGGCCUCCGGCUUCUGCUACGUCAACGACAUCGUCCUCGCCAUCCUCGAGCUCCUCAAAUACCACCAGCGUGUUCUGUAUGUGGAUAUCGACAUCCACCAUGGGGACGGCGUGGAGGAGGCGUUUUACACCACGGACAGGGUGAUGACUGUCUCAUUCCACAAGUUUGGGGAUUAUUUCCCAGGGACAGGAGACAUUCGUGACGUUGGGCACUCCAAAGGGAAGUAUUAUUCCCUGAAUGUCCCGUUGGAUGACGGCAUCGACGACGAGAGCUAUCAAUCGUUGUUCAAGCCGAUCAUGGGUAAGGUUAUGGAGAUUUUCCGCCCCGGCGCGGUGGUGCUCCAGUGUGGAGCAGAUUCCUUAUCAGGUGACAGGUUGGGCUGCUUCAACCUAUCCAUUAAGGGGCACGCGGAGUGCGUGAGAUUCAUGAGGUCCUUCAAUGUUCCGGUGUUGCUGCUUGGUGGUGGUGGUUAUACCAUAAGAAAUGUUGCACGAUGUUGGUGCUAUGAGACGGGAGUUGCACUUGGUCAUGAGCUAACUGACAAGAUGCCGCUAAAUGAGUAUUAUGAGUAUUUUGGCCCAGAUUAUACUCUUCAUGUUGCACCAAGUAAUAUGGAGAACAAAAACACACACCGGCAUUUGGAUGAAAUAAGGUCAAGACUUCUCGAAAAUCUUACAAAACUCCGGCAUGCUCCUAGUGUGCAGUUUCAAGAGCGACCUCCUGAGGCCGAGCAACCAGAGCAAGAUGAAGAUCAAGAGAAUCCUGAUGAAAGGCAUCAUGCUGACUCUGAUGUGGAAAUGGAUGAUGCCAAGCCUCUGGAGGACUCUGAAAGGAGAACCAGUACUCAGAGUGCGAGAGUUAAGAGAGAAUCUGCUGAAACUGAGGUGACAACAGAUCAGGAUGAUAACGGAGUAGCUUCAGAACAAGUAAGGGGCCCAGAACCUGUGGCUGAUGGAGUUGGUUCCUCAAAACAAAACCCUCCUAUUGAUGCAAGUUCGAUGGCCAUAGACGAGCCAGCUGUUGUCAGGGCUGAACCAGAGAGAUCAAACAAAUUACAGGAACAACAAGCAUUGCAUCAGAAACCAUGAUCACCCACCUUAACGUAGCAACUGAUGCAUCUGUGCAGCCCAUUGACUCCAUUGGUCGAGCCAGGACAGUAUGUAAGCUGAAGCCAUAGUUCAAACAAUGUACUGCACCAACAAGUUAGCUACCAGAAUCCAAGAUGGUAUGUGUGCCAGAGCUGGUAAAGCUUUGCGCGCUAUAUUCGUGACUUUGACACAAAUGAUAGUUGAUUCGUCAAUGCCAUUUCUAGCACUAAUUUAAAUCCCGGGCCUGUAGAGCAAUUGAGUUAGUAAUGCAAUACGUUCAAAUCAAAUGCUUCUGGGACUAGACAUUUUGGCGUAUGUGACUUAGCAGUAUAUAGCUAGGCGAAGGCUUCAUUUUGGUGGGAGCUGGUUUCUCAUUGCAUAAGGAUCGUGUUUUAGUUGGUUAUAGGAGGAAUACUGCUUAUUGUGUUGUUUUCGGUGUUUCCAUUGAAAAAUAUUGCAUUCACAUGCCGCUUGAUGAA